GUAAGCGAAUACUUUUAUUUCAUUGAAGUGUCGCGGUAGGAGUGGGCAAUAAGAUGGUUUACAUGUGAGCGGAAGUACAGGCGAAGAAUGGCAGCUCCGACAAACAUGCACAGGUGUUAGCCCGAGAGACGAGUUCUCACGAGCUUUCAGAAGAUCACCACAUGAUUCAGGAACCACUUCCUAUGUCCUCCUCCUCACCGCUUUCAAUCUUUUUGCACACCAACCGAUCCAUGCUCAAUUUCCGGUUUGCUUCUUUUGCUUUCAACCUCCGGUGCACGCUACCACUCGCUCGCCUUCCCCGAUUUCCAAUGCCGAAAUUAGUUCGUCUUCAAUCGGAGCCCUCAUCGCCGUUGCUCGAACCACUCUAGCCCUGUUCCGGCGCAUUUUAGUCACUCUCUCGGCCCUCUCGCUUUCUUCUUCCGCGAUUUUAGAGCAUUCCAUUCCCAGGUGCUACUAGUCACCGAGUUCCUAAUAGGCAGUUGUUCUACAGCUGGCCUUGAGGAUAGAUUGUUUAUAAUAAUUAGAAUUACGUCAUGAGGGGGCGCCAUGUUGUGGAACUGUCCUCGACACACAAACGUACAGCACCGAGGGACCAUUUAAAUGCUUCCAGUAAACAAGAGAGUCCAGAGCGUUAUACUGUUUACCCUUCAUGGAAACGCUCCUUGCGGCAUGUAGUUGUAGCGACUCUUGCUUCAUUUUUACUUGGAUACCAUCUUGGUGUAAUUAAUGAAACAUUAGAGAGUAUUUCUUUAGACCUUGCCUUUAGUGGGAGCACAUUGGCCGAAGGUCUCGUAGUAAGUACAUCCUUAGGUGGCGCCUUUCUUGGAUCUCUAUUCAGCGGCGUGAUUGGAGAUGGACUAGGGCGUCGUAGAGCAUUGCAGCUAUGUGCAUUACCAAUGAUAAUUGGUGCAUCCAUGAGUGCAACCACAACAAAUCUCUGGGGAAUGCUUCUUGGGAGGUUAUUUGUUGGGAUGGGGAUGGGUCUUGGCCCAACUAUUGCAUCACUUUAUGUUUCUGAGGUAUCACCAGCUUAUGUAAGAGGAACUUUUGGGAGUCUUACUCAGAUUUCCUUAUGUCUCGGUCUUCUGGGAUCCCUAUUUAUGGGACUGAAAGCCAAGGGAAUAGUGGAUUGGUGGCGGACUUGUUUUUGGGUAUCUGUCAUUCCUGCUGCUUUACUUGCCCUUUUGAUGGAAUUUUCUGCAGAAAGUCCUCAUUGGCUUUUCAAGAGUGGAAGAACUGCUGAAGCUGAGGCUGAAUUUGAGAAGCUUUUGGGAGGAGUACAUGUUAAAUGUGCAUAUGCAGAAUUGUCGAAGUCUGAUAGAGUAGAUGACGCUGAUGCAGUGACAUUAUCGGAUUUACUCCAGGGCCGCUAUUUCAAAGUGGUUUUCAUCGGUUCAAUCCUUUUUGCUUUACAGCAGCUCUCUGGCAUUAAUGCUGUUUACUAUUUCUCUUCUACUGUCUUCAAAAGUUUUGGCAUACCUUCAGAUCGUGCCAAUAUUGGCAUAGGAGUCGCAAACCUUUUAGGGACAAUUGUUGCAAUGCUACUGAUGGAUAAACUUGGAAGAAGGGUGCUGCUUCUUGGCAGUUUUUCAGGCAUGGCAGUGUCCAUGGGCCUCCAAGUGGUAGGAGCAAGAUCAUUUCCAUCCAGCCCUGGAGCAUUCUAUCUUUCUGCCGGUGGCAUGUUACUGUUUGUCCUGACAUAUUCUCUUGGUGCGGGUCCUGUUCCUAGUCUCCUACUAUCAGAAAUAUUUCCUGGACAGAUUCGAGCAAAAGCAAUGGCAUUUUGCAUGUCGGUUCAUUGGGUGAUAAAUUUUUUUGUUGGUUUACUCUUCCUGCCGUUACUGGAGCAAUUAGGAGUCCAGAUACUAUAUACAGUUUUCGGUACAUUUUGCUUCAUAGCAGUGAUUUUUGUGAAGAGGAAUGUAUUGGAAACAAAAGGAAAAUCACUUCAGGAAAUAGAAAUGGCACUUCUUCCAGUAGUGUAGAGGUAUUUGAUACAUGGAUCAAAUCAUCCUCUUCUUUGUUUCUCUCUGAAAAUGGUAAGAGACAAUAGUUUUACAAUUAUUUACACACCUAAUAUUCUACCCUCAUGGUUUUCUGAUUUUUCUCCUUCCGAAACAUUGUACAACUAUAUCAAUUUCUGUUGAUCUUCCUAACCUUCUUUUCAGGGAGGAAACAGAUUCAUUCAAUAUUCCUAUCAUCAUCUUGCAUAUGUCCUUGUUCAAAUCGAGUGAUUACAAGAUCAUACAACGGCAUCAAAACUUACAGCUUCUUAACUUUCGCCAAAUCGCUUUCUAGAAUGGUAUCGAUUUUCUUGAGGGCUGUCUUGUCUUUUUGACCUCAAUUCAGGUCAUUGAUUAUUUGUCUAUUUUCACUUUUUUUUUUUCUUUCUUUGCCUUGAUAUAAUGAAAAGAAAGUGCACAAAUGCCAUGGAUCACAGUUCAAAGUUUUCUAUUCAUUGAUUAUUUAUGUAACUUGACCUCUCUGAGCUUCAAAGCCGAUGAUGCCUAUGAGUACUCGCAAUGCUGCAGGUUUAUAUAACGUAUGGCUCUUCUUUUUUUUCUUUUCUUUUGUGUUCAACAAUUAAGAAGGAUUCCAAUA